AUGAAGAUCUCCAAGAAAGACUGCGCCGAAGAAUUUGCGUCUAAGGAACACAAUGUCUGCGAGGCUGACGUUAGAGACCAUUGGGACAUCUUGAAGGAAGUCCUUAGACCAAUUGUCGAGCAAAGCACAACCAAAACCAAGUGUUAUGUGAGCAAGGAAUAUGUGGACAGAUACAUGCGGGUGACAGCCGACAACACCACAGUGAAGGAAAUCAGGGACAAACUCCAUUACUUAACCCCUCAGCAAUGGCAUCAAUUCUUUCAAAGUUGCCUUGGCGGAGCCGUCGAUAGGCUUCGAUAUGGGAAGAAGAAGGGUUCUCGUAAGCGAAGUCGAUCCCAAGAUAGCUCGAGUAGCAAAGACGGUGAAAGAACGCCACACCAGGGUAAAAAAUCACGAAACCAAAGCCGGUCCAGAGACACAGACACUAUAGACAGCAUCAAGACCGCCUUCUUGACAAUGGUCGAGAAUAGCAAAGACUAUAUCGGAAUUAAGAUCCCUCUCGAUGCAAAAAUCUUCUGCCAGCUACCUGAUCAUCCGGAUAAAUUGGCUUCACUUAGUGUGUAUUUACUAACAGCAUCCCAACAAGAUCCAAAAUUCCUGAAUAGUCGGCAGCUGGAUUAUGGCCGUUUAAAAAAGCAGUUUCUGGCCCGCUACCCAACAAAUGAUUAUUGGAUGGAGAUAAGCUAUACCAGCCAUCAGAUCAAGCACGUGGUCUUCGACAGUAUCACACUCCAAUCCGCAGUGGAGAAGAUGAUCAUGUCAAGCGACGAAUUCUCGCUUGAAGCCAUGACGUGGACUCCUACCGAAAGGCCGCUACUACGCUUCGAUAUCCAGUUAUUUUCUGAAGAUGAUAAUGGGAUGGUUACAGUGGAACGACGCUUCCGAACUGUCAGUAUUACGCCGCAGAAUCCUCCCUCACCCAUAUCUAAACCGACCACCAAGAAUGACGAUCUCACGAGGAACAAAAUCCAUGCUUCCAUUGAAGGUUCUCCCAAUGAAGCAGAUAGAGGUCGAGAUUCCGCGCCAGUCUUGGAAGAUCCGCCGUCUACACUUUCAAGAUCCGAACCGUCCACCGAAACAGACGAGGGCACGACAAAGCCGAAUAACGAUGGCAAUGUCAUGGAUAUGACUGCUGAUAAUACUUCCAAUACAAAAAAUGACAGUGGAGAUUCCCAGUCAGACCCAGCAGAUCCGAAGGUGAAUAAUAAGGACACAGUCGGUAUGCCAGGUGACAAUGCCCAUCCUGAUGAGGCUUCUGUUCAAAGUCCUUCCGAUAUAGACGAUGACAGUCGAUCUUCGGAAUCAAGCAAAGAGGAUGAAGAUAUGGCGGGAAUGGGAGAAGAAGAUUUAGAUCUUAAUCUCGAAGACUAUUUUUCUGACAAUAGACCACAGGAAACACUUGCUGAUGAUGAUGAUGAUGAUGAUGAAAACACCCUGCGAGAUUUUGACAGUGACGUUCAGCCAGGAGCAAAAAGCGAUGGAUUAGGCGGCAGUGACUCUACACAACCUAAAGUAAAUGGCGGAUCUGAUGAGAGCAAUGUCAGCGGUAGGCCACGUGAUACCAGCCAGGGUGAACGUCCUCCGAACCGCCCCAGCCCUAAGGAUAUCAAUAUAGAUGAGAACGGGCGUGAAAGCGAUGUGGCCUUACAAGAUGAGGACGAGGAUAAAAACAAUAACUUGUUACCCAAAGGUCAGGAUGAAGAAAUGGCAGAAGAUGGGUUCUCAGAUGAAGAAGACUACGGUGAAGCCGAAAAACAACUCGUUGAACUGAAUAGCAAUGUCAUCCUCGAGCGAGUAACGGAAAAUGACAUCAAUCGCCUUUGUCGGUUUCUCAAACUCCAGCGGAGCGACGUGGCGAACAUCGACCAUCGUAUUCCGAUUCCGGGAUUGCGCUAUGGAGGACGACCAUACCAGGCAUUCGGUGCUAUGUGGAUGUUGCUUCAGGAUACAGGUACACUACGUGGUGGCUUCCUUGGCGAUAUGGUGGGACUUGGCAAGACUUUCACUGUUCUUAUGUACUUCGUGCUUGGACUUUGGAUCGCAAACAAUUACGCGGACGUUAAAAACGCAUGGAAGACCGGAGAUCCACGGCAUCAUCCUCUGGGACACACUGUUGAUGGUCCUUGUCCAUCUGAGAAAGGAUGGCCUAUCGAAUGCUGCUGCAUCAAAGGUAGCCUUUCCUACCAGGUUUACAAUCCGAAUAAGGGUGCCACUGUUGUUUUCGCGCCUCUGUCACUACUCGAUAACUGGGUCAAGGAAUUUCACUACUUCGUCGACCCUGACGCGAUGCCCGAAGACAAUCGUCCAAUAUCGCUCGCUGCACACAGCAGAAUCAAAUGCAAAAACAGCAUAUCUGUUAAUGGGGGAAAGGAGCCAUUUACCAUACCUAGACUUGAAGACUUUAUUCACAAAAAUCCCGGAGAUCACCAGCCUCUCAACGUCACGGCCAUACAGAAACAGUGGAAACAGUGGUUUGAUACCAAACCCAAGCAGGGGGACCAGCCAGACUUUGACCCUCCCAAACACAACCGCAGAAUGCAGAAUAUAUUUAUUAUUACCACUGAUAGGUGCUUCAAAAAGCAUGUCGAUCAUAAAUUCCGGUUACAAUUCUUUUUUGGAAGAAGAGGUUACCACUGUAUUCCCUAUGGCAGGUUCCGCAGCGUCCAUAUAGACGAGGCACACAAGGCUAAAACCAGUGGUUGUGGCACUAUCGGGGAGCUUAAGAAUCUCCGCAAAACCGCUUUUCCACCGAAUAUUUGGGCGCUGUCCGGAACCAUGCUUCAAAACUCACCGGGCGACUUGGCCGGCUAUUGUGGAGUAUUUCAGGUAGCAGCCAGGGACUGGAAUUCCGAUGACCGCUUAGAGGGCAUCAGUGAGGCGCAACUUUUGGAAGAUAAGAAGGCGUUCGACUCAAUAGCCGAAAAGUUUAGCAAAGACACCAGCAAGGAGUUAUCAGAGCCUCUAGCUAAGAACAAGAAGUUCCAGGAUAUCAAGGCCCGUGUACAGCGUUUUUUGCAGGCAUCAAUGAUAGCUCGUAGCCACACAUCUCUUUGGCCCGAUGAAGGAACGGCGCGCAGGCUGAAUGUAACGCGUCGAACACUGACUGAGAUCAAGCGCAUCGAGCCUCAGGUUCUAUGGCAAAGGAAUCAUCUGUCUUCCGAGAUACAGGCCGCGAUGGAAGUCUCCAAAGCCACAUUCGAACGCGAAGUCAAAGAUUACAUAAAUAGCACGGAGAAGCCAGUCGGAGAAAAGAAGGCAAUUCGUCAGGUAUUGAACAAGUCGGGCGGACUUCGUACCCGGCUCUUCGCAACGUUUCCUUUCCUUGUGCUGUACGAUGAUGACAUUGCGCUCACCCAGCAAGAGAUCUACAAUAAGGAAGAAGGGCGUCGCCAGAUCAUGGACGUCUUGCCGCAGUACGAGGAUAAAUGCUGGAAGCUCGGUUGGAUCCACAAGUAUGUGAUAGAGACCAUGAGGAAGGAAACCUCGUACCACAACGGGCCGCGGAAGAUUAUCUUCAUUGCCCAAAACGUUUGUGUUGCUCAUACUAUACACAGGUGGUUAAGUCAAAAGUUCCCUGAGCACCGUGUUUUGUACAUAGAUGGACAUACUGUUGGGAGAUCGUCACUUGUUGAAGAUUUCAGUGAAGAUAACUACACGCGGGGUAACGAAUAUGAUAGCCCUACUAUGCUUGUUGCCACCGCUAGGGUCUUUGCCGAAGGCUUCAACGUAACGCGCGCAUCCCACAUGGUUUUACUGGAGGGUUUUUUCAACGAGGCGUCUGUUCAGCAAGCGAUUGGACGAAUCAAUCGCAUCGGCCAGAAGGAUCCGCAUCUCGAAGUUUUUCAACUGCGGACGGAAGGGGAUUUCGUGGAAGAGCGAUUGGAUCGGCGGGUUGAAAUUCGAUCCAACCUGGUAGAGGCGUCAACUGCGGAUGCAGCAUAAAUGCCCUCCUCUCUAGCCUCAGUCGACACCCUGUAUGGCCUAUUUAGGAAUGGACGGAAGGAAUUGUUCAAGUUACUUGCUGGGAUGUUAUCUCGAAGUCAUUGGAAACUCUACUUUAACGGAUACGUGGAGUGUUAGAUGUAGUCGAGAUGAUUAGAUUGACCGAAGCAAAGAACUUGGAUCGAAGUACUACAGAAUAGAUAGGAUUGAGCCAAAACUAGACAUACCCUAGUAGGCAUUAUCAGUAAUUGCACUUUC